ACCGCACUGAAAGUUCAAGCAAAAGAUAAUGUUGGAUUGAUUUACAGUUAAAUUCCCCCAUAGAAACCAUUUCUACCAUUCUUCAUUUUUCAGGGUCGUUCAUUCCCCACUAUAAGAUUUUAGGUGCAUCCGGUCCGAUGAGAUGAGGGGAGACCAAAAAAUUUAUUUCCCCUCCAUGACAUAGGCAUUAUUGCGAACUUCCAAGAUACACAAGAAUCCUCGAGUACCACUCACACAAGCACCCUCAACCUCACGCAUCUCCCACUUCCAUACAAAGUCAAAAGUCAAACAUGUCUACUCUUUCUCCCUACAAAGCGGAAUUCCUCAAAGCCGCAAUCGAUGGCGGGGUUCUCAAAUUCGGCAGCUUCGAAUUAAAAUCGAAACGAAUCUCCCCCUACUUUUUCAACGCCGGCGAUUUCUACCGUGCCGACCUUCUUCGCGCUAUCUCUACCGCAUAUGCGAAGGCUAUUAUUGAGGCACAAGAUGCAAAGAUACUUGAUUUCGAUAUUGUGUUUGGACCCGCAUACAAGGGUAUUCCUCUGGCGACAGCUACGGUGGAUAAGUUGGCAGAUUUGGACUCAAAGUACAAUACUAUGUGUUAUUCAUUUGAUAGAAAGGAGGCAAAGGAUCAUGGAGAGGGAGGAAAUAUCGUGGGGGCUCCAUUGAAGGGAAAGAGGGUUUUGAUUGUGGAUGACGUUGUGACUGCCGGAACUGCGAAGAGAGAGGCCAUUGACAAGAUCCGCAAGGAGGGUGGGAUUGUAGCUGGCAUCUUGGUGGCAUUGGAUCGUAUGGAGAAACUACCUUCCCCAACUGGAGAUGAUAGCGCACCCAUGCCAAGUGCCAUUGGAGAAAUCAGAAAAGAAUAUGGUAUUCCGGUUCUGUCUAUUUUGACAUUGGACGAUAUCAUUGGAGGUCUCAACGGUAUUGCGUCAGAGGAAAACAUCAAGAAUAUGGAAGAAUACAGGGCUAAGUACAAGGCCAGCGAUUGAUAUAUCCGUUUAACAAUUCCUAAAUCAAGAUACCCGUAAAUAUACCAUUUCACUAAGAUUUGAAACUCCUAUG